AUGUCUUCCACAACAUCUCGUCCCACUAUCCCCAAGUUCGUUCCCGCAGAGCCUACUAAGGAGCAACUCGACUGGAUAGAACUGGUCAACAUCGAUUUCGCCAAGUAUGACGACCCGAAGACCAGAAAGGAGCUAGCACAAGAUCUCCUCAAGGCUGUGACCGAGCACGGCUUCCUCACAAUCUCCAACCAUGGCAUCUCAGAGGAGCUCUACGAGUCUCAGAUGAGUCUUGCACACGCCGUCAUGACUCUGCCGCCUGAGGAGAAGCUUCCAUUUGAGGCUACGCCGGAGGAGGAUGCCAGUGGUCUGUACGUCGGCUUCAAGCCGUCCGACGAGCGCGGUAUCAAGGGUGGUUUCCACAAGACUCUGGAUCACUACAACAUUCUCGUGCACGACCCGGAGAACCACAAGCACCCAGCCAUCCUCGAGCCUCACAUGGAUGAAGUGAAUCAGACCAUGCACAUCAUCCGUGAAAACGUCCUGAAGAAGCUCCUCGUGCUGGUGGCCAUGAUCUUGGAGGUUCCCGAGGAAGUGGUGCUCCGCACCCACGCUUUCGGCAAGGAGAGCACCGAGUACCUCCGCUACAUGAUCUACAACCCCCGCACGGACGAAGACAACCAGCGCUACCGCGACCUCUACCUGGCGGGCCACACGGACUGGGGCACCUUCACGUUCCUCUUCUCGCAGCCCAUCUCGGCGCUGCAGAUCCUCGACAACCACGGGGCGUGGAAGUGGGUGCAGUACCUGCCGAACGCACUGGUCGUCAACGUCGGCGAGGCGCUCGAGCUACUGACGGGCGGCUUCUUCAAGGCCACCGUCCACCGCGUCGUCAAGCCGCCGCAGGACCAGGUCACCAAGAAGCGCGUCGGCGUCAUCUACUUUACCCGCCCCGUCAACGAGGUGCCCCUGCGGCCUAUCGACUCGCCGCUGCUGAAGCGUGUUGGCAGGAGCGAGCCGCUCGACCCCGUCGUGUACACCAUGCCCGACUAUCUGAACGCGAGGAAGCACGGGUACAAGAGGCUGGACUUUGAUAACGAUAAGCCGAGGGAGCAGGGCGUGCACGAGGACCCCUUCCACGGCGAGUACCAUGAUCCCCAGGGUUUCAAGGCGUUGGGAAAGGAGCCUAUUCAGCCGCGGAGUGUGGCGGUUUGA